AUGGUAAAGUGUGCAGUAAACGCAACAAGGUUCUGCCACUUGAAUGGUUCGUGGGACAACUACACCGACUACACGACCUGCAAAGAUCUCAACCAAAUGCCUGAGAUAGAGCCUGGCAUAGAAGUGGCAACUAUGAUCUACUCCGGUGGAUAUGCACUCAGUCUAGUGGCACUUCUCAUAGCUGUUUGGAUAUUCCUUUAUUUCAAAGACCUGAGAUGCUUGAGGAAUACGAUCCAUACGAAUCUGAUGUGCACCUAUAUAUUAGCUGACUUCAUGUGGAUACUAAACAUUACGUUACAGAUGUCGAUGCCAGCUAAUAUGACAGCUUGCUUCAUUUUGGUUGUGAUGCUUCACUACUUCCACCUUACCAAUUUCUUCUGGAUGUUCGUUGAGGUGUGA